AUGGGGCAGAGCCACUCUGAGGACCAGCAGGCUGUGGGGGGCACAGGGCUGGAGGAGGAGAUACACAGGCGUGAGGAUGCAGAGAACAACCUGGUGCUGUUCCGGAAGGAUGUGGAUGACGCCACCCUCUCCCGCCUGGAGCUGGAACGCAAGAUCGAGUCGCUGAUGGACGAGAUCGAGUUCCUGAAGAAGCUGCACGAGGAGGAGCUGCGUGACCUGCAGGUGAGCGUUCAAAGCCAGCAGGUGCAGGUGGAGAUGGAGACGGUCAAGCCGGACCUGACGGCCGCGCUGCGUGACAUCCGCACCCAGUACGAGAGCAUCGCGGUGAAGAACCUGCAGGAGUCCGAGGAGUGGUACAAGUCCAAGUUUGCUGACCUGUCGGAUGCGGCCAACCGGAACCAUGAGGCACUGCGCCAGGCCAAGCAGGAGAUGAACGAGUCCCGGAGGCAGAUCCAGAGCCUGACCUGCGAGGUGGACGGGCUGAAGGGAACUAAUGAGGCGCUGCUGCGCCAGAUGCGGCAGCUGGAGGACCAGUAUGGGGUGGAGAUCGGCAGCUACCAGGACACGGUGGGGCGGCUGGAGCAGGAGAUCCAGCACCUGAAGGAGGAGAUGGCGCGGCACCUGCGUGAGUACCAGGACCUGCUCAAUGUGAAGAUGGCGCUGGACAUUGAGAUUGCCACCUACCGCAAGCUGCUGGAGGGCGAGGAGAACAGGAUCACGAUCCCCAUCCACUCGCUGGCCUCCCUCAGCAUGAAAACGUCAGUGCCUGAGCCGGAGCAGACCAUGGAGAGCCAUACCAGGAAAAUGGUUCUGAUCAAAACCAUUGAGACCCGGAAUGGAGAGGUGGUGACUGAGUCGAGAAAGGAGCAGAGAAGUGAGCUGGACAAGUGAUGCAGGCGCCAGGCCUCUGCCCUGGACCCAGCCGAUGGCGUGAAACUGCGAGACCCCUGCUGCAGCCCCCCACCUGCUCCCAGCCAGACUGGCCUUAUUACUUCUGAUACCUCUGCCACCCUGCCCAGCCCUCGUGCACCCGGAGCGGGGAGCUCAGCCAUACCCACUCACAGCCCAGGGCAGGGGCUCCC